CAACCCAUUGCGAGAGAAUGGAACUUGCAUCGCAAGCGUUUAACGGCGGCGAUUGCUUGCCUCAACACCAUUUUCAUUGGUCUCAUUGCUGGCAUCUAUGCCGGCGAAGUUCCCGGCAUACAGUACCAACUCGCCGAUGAAAAGCACUGGGUUAUAUUCGGUAAUAUGCUCUUUUUCGCCGGCCUCGGACUCACAACCCUCGUCUUCUGGCCGCUCCCUCUCCUUCACGGCCGCAAACCCUAUACACUACUCGCAUUUGGCAUCAUGCUUCCUCUGCAGAUCCCUCAAGCGAUGGCGGUGACGACUGCCCGUGGCCAGAGUCCGCUCUAUAUGAUCGGCCUCCUCCUUCCUCGUGCGCUGACUGGACUUGCUCUCGGCUUCGCCAACAUCAACUUCCUUCCCACUCUCUUCGACCUUUACGGCGCCUCUCUCAUGUCCGAACGUCCACAUCAAGAAUUCGUCGACGGCGAUGAUGUUCGUCGACAAGGUGGUGGUAUUGGCGUCUGGCUGGGCAUCUGGACGUUUUGCUUCAGCAGUUCGCUCUCGAUCGGGUUCUGUGUUGGCGCCUGCAUCAUUUCCGGUCUCGAUCCCAGCUGGGGAUUUUGGAUCAUCGCCAUUUUGCUGGCCUUCUUCUUGCUAGUCAAUGUGCUCGCGCCAGAGACGAGACGCGCGCCAUAUCGAAGGAGUAUCGCGCAUGUAUUCGACAAGGAGAAUCCGGAUCAGAUGAAGAGAAGAGUCGCAAGAGGUGAAGUGAAGCUGCACAUCUAUAUGGAUGGACCCAAGUGGUGGUGGGAAGAAGUUGGGGCAGGGCUAGUUCUGACCAAGAGAAUGGUACUGCAGCCGGGAUUCUUCGUGUUGAUGUCGUAUUUGGGAUGGAUCAAGGCACAGUUGACAUUGGUCAUACUUCUCCUCGGCGCCCUCCUCUCCCGCGACUAUGCCUGGAAAUCAUCAUACGUCGGCCUCGCCGCACUUUCCGUGCCAAUCGGAGCCAUCCUCGCAAUGCCGUUGACCAAAGCCUCCUGGCUCUCUCGCGACCGCGUAACGCCUCCUCGUACCGACAGUAUGACGUUCCAAAGAUCAUUCAGCUGGUCCUCCCACUUGAUUCGUCGGGCUAUCUUCUCCCUGCUCCUACCUCUUGCUGGUCUUGCCUACUGCUUGACCGCCACUGGUCCGCCAUUCAACUGGAUCGCUGUCGUGAUCUUCGCCGGUCUGGUCGGAUUUUUGACGGAUCUGGGCAUCGCCGAGUGUGUUGGCCUGAUCAUGGAGACAUUUGAUACAUGUGACCUGCAACCUGGCGUCAAUCAACGACACCGGCUGCAAAGUCUGUCGGACAAUGUCAAGCGGCGGCGGACGAACUACUCUUCCUUUCCAAGAGUCUGCGCAGGCUUCUUUGCGGCGCAAAGUCUUGGCUUCUUCCUCGCUGCGGGCGCGACGGUCGUCUCGGGACGAGUGACGAACUCGUAUGGGUCACAGACGGCCAUCUCUAUCGUCGCAGGAAUCUUGCUGGCAGUCACAUUGCUAUUGCUCAUCGUCGUGUGGCGGUGGAAGCAAGUUCAGGUAAUACCCGAGUUCUCCGGAUCCGGCGUUGUGCCCGUAGUAGCACAGAAUGGCACGCAAACGAGGAAGGACAGCAAGGCGUGGGACCCGAAUGAUCCGCAGUGGAAGGCUGUCGUCAUUGGCAACCCUUCGGGCAAGAUGCGAAGGAUGAACAUCUUGGAGUUGGGGAGUUGGUCGCGGUGGACGGAGAUUCGAAAGUUGAAUAAGCUGGUGAAG